AUGGAUACGUUACUCACCGCUGAGAUCGUGGCUAACUCACCACAAUUUCGACGGAAAUCCUCGAUCUUUGUCGACGCCAUUCAUGACUUGCCUGAAAAAGCCGAUCUAGCCCCGGCCCAACUCUACAGUACCGAAUCUGGUCGGCUGUUUCAUUCGGGCCGAAUUGUAAUCAUCACUGUUGGUUUGCCCGCCAGAGGGAAGACACAUAUCUCUGUGGCUCUCGCACGAUAUCUUCGCUGGCUGGGUGUCAAAACCAGAAUUUUCCACCUGGGUGACUACCGCCGGGCCACGAUUCCAUUUGGAGAGGACAUGCCCGAUGAUUAUUUUUACGUCAAUGCAUCUGCAUCGUCCGUUCUUCUCCGCCAAAAGAUUGUGAGAAAAUGCCGAGAAGACAUUUACCACUUCUUGAACCAUGAAAAUGGGCAGAUCGCGAUUUAUGAUGCCGUCAAUCCGCUCGCCUCAGGUCGGCGUUCGCUUGCGAAGGAGUUUGCGAAGCAUGAUAUCGAGACACUCUUCAUCGAAUCCUGGUGUGAUGAUGAACGCAUCAUUGAGGAAAACGUCCGCAGGGUUAAGAUAUCCUCCCCUGACUACGUUGGCUGGAGCCCGGAAGAUGCCGUGAAGCAUUAUUUGACACGCAUCUCCUCCCGGAUCCCCCAAUUUUCCACCAUGGAGGAAAAGGACUUGAAUUACAUCAAGAUGAUCAAUGCCGGUGAGCGACUCAUUGUCAACAAUCGAAGCUUUGGAUAUCUCUCCAACCGCAUUGUGUUUUACCUCUUGAAUCUCCAUAUCAAAUCGAGACGCACCUACUUCGCUCGGGCUGGCGUCUCGUUGGAAGCGGACUCUUACAAGGCCGAUGCUUCUCUCUCUGAACAAGGAGAAGACUACGCCAAGAAAAUGACUGAUUGCUUGCUAGCCCAUCGAGAAACGGAGAAGCAAGCGUUGUUUGACCGCGGAGAAACAGCAUAUGAGUUGAGACCUCUCAAAGUCUGGACAUCCACUCGACGGAGAACCGUGGAGACUGCCAAAUACCUGUAUGAUCGAGGCUACAAGGUUCGGCAGCGGUCUCAGAUGAGUCAAUUAAAUCCCGGAGUCUGCGAGAAAAUGGCAGAAAACCAUAUCAGAGCAGAAUAUGGCGAUGAGGUCUCAAAGCAUGAGCUGGACCCUUAUCAUCAUCGGUACCCCCGUGCAGAGUCAUACCACGAUCUCGCCGUCCGCCUCGAACCAAUCAUCCUUGAGCUGGAAAGAGAGCAGAAUGAUCUGCUCAUCAUUGCGCAUGAGAGCGUAUUGAGGGUUCUGUAUGGGUAUCUCAUGGCCUGUAAUGCCGCAGACAUCCCAUUCUUAGAGUUCCCCCGGGACGAGAUCAUCGAGAUUAUCCCCGAAAGCUAUCAAAACGAGGCACGAAGAAUCCACAUUCCUGACCUCCCCGAAGAAAUCAUUCCCGCUUCCCCCGAAGAUUUGAAGAUCCCGGUACCCCCAAGCGGAGUAGUAUCUCCGAUGCAAGGAUUGGGCAGCCCGAAGGAAGGCCUCGCCACACCCCAGAGUGGGUUGCGAACUCCCAGUGGGCUUCGAACCCCUCGCGAGCCCGAGAGGAUCACCCAACAGCAUGUGGAAGAUGUCGUCUAG